AAACAAAGAGAGAGACGGCAGUCGCCAAGCCACGCCAAUUCACGUCCCUCCCCUCCCCUUGCUUCCCCUCGCGGAACGAAAACUGUGAGUACGGCAAACUGUGCGGGUCCACCCCCACCGUGCACACAAAAGCCCUCCCCUCCCCUCCCUCCGAUAAAUAAAUUAUUAAACCGUGCUAUUAUUCUCCUCUGCUUUUCUCGCUCGCACCAAAUUCCAGUUUGGUGGGUCGUGGAGGGGACAUGCUGAUGAUGAUGGCGGAGGCUCAGUCCCGUGUUCUUCUUCUUACGAUGAUGAUUUCUUUCACAAUUGUUUCUGCAAACAACGGAGUUUUUAGCGUCAAAUACAAAUACGCUGGCCUUCAACGUUCUCUCAGUGACCUAAAAGCACACGACGAUCAACGACAGCUCCGUAUUCUCGCCGGAGUCGAUCUUCCCCUCGGCGGCAUCGGUCGUCCCGAUAUCCUCGGGCUAUAUUAUGCUAAGAUAGGGAUUGGAACUCCGACGAAGGACUACUAUGUACAAGUGGAUACAGGAAGUGAUAUUAUGUGGGUUAAUUGUAUUCAAUGCAGAGAAUGCCCAAAAACUAGCUCUCUUGGUAUUGAUCUUACUUUAUAUAAUAUAAACGAGUCAGACACUGGGAAGCUGGUUCCUUGUGAUCAAGAGUUUUGCUAUGAGAUAAACGGGGGUCAAUUACCUGGCUGCACCGCUAAUAUGUCUUGUCCGUAUCUUGAGAUUUAUGGAGAUGGGAGUUCCACUGCUGGUUAUUUUGUCAAGGAUGUUGUGCAGUAUGCUAGAGUUUCUGGUGAUCUCAAAACUACUGCAGCAAAUGGAAGUGUUAUAUUUGGGUGUGGUGCUAGACAAUCAGGAGAUCUAGGGUCAUCUAAUGAAGAAGCACUUGAUGGGAUACUUGGUUUUGGAAAAUCAAAUUCGUCGAUGAUUUCACAGCUGGCAGUAACUGGAAAAGUGAAGAAGAUAUUUGCGCACUGCUUAGAUGGUACAAAUGGAGGUGGAAUAUUUGUUAUUGGGCAUGUUGUGCAACCAAAAGUUAACAUGACUCCUUUGAUACCAAAUCAGCCCCAUUACAAUGUCAAUAUGACGGCAGUUCAAGUUGGUCAUGAAUUCCUAAGUCUUCCAACAGAUGUAUUUGAGGCAGGGGACAGAAAGGGUGCUAUAAUAGACAGUGGUACAACCUUAGCUUAUCUUCCAGAAAUGGUUUAUAAGCCAUUAGUAAGUAAGAUAAUCUCUCAGCAACCUGAUCUGAAAGUUCAUACUGUUCGUGAUGAAUAUACAUGUUUCCAGUACUCUGACAGCUUGGAUGAUGGAUUUCCGAAUGUCACUUUCCAUUUUGAAAACUCAGUUAUCUUGAAGGUUUAUCCACACGAGUAUCUUUUUCCCUUUGAAGGUUUGUGGUGUAUUGGAUGGCAGAACAGUGGAGUGCAAUCGAGGGAUAGAAGGAACAUGACACUUUUGGGAGAUUUAGUACUUUCAAAUAAACUAGUCUUGUAUGAUCUUGAAAAUCAGGCCAUUGGAUGGACUGAAUAUAACUGCUCUUCAAGCAUCCAAGUGCAGGAUGAACGGACUGGAACUGUACAUUUAGUAGGCUACCACUAUAUUAAUUCUGCUCGCAGUUUGAAUGUGCAAUGGGCUAUGUUGUUGUUGCUGCUGCUAAGUACACUGCUGCUCAGUUUAGUUUGCUGAAACCAGUACAGAAUAGCGACGGUCAAAAUUAACAUAUAGAAGAACAAAUAUUAAAAAAGAAAUCAUUAGAUUUAUUGAUGAAUGGUGGAUCAGAAUUUUUUUUUCUCUGGACAUUCACUUUGGGUAAUAUUUCUUCCCACUGUGAAUGGGGGAAACACACAAAGGUUACAGCUAGUCCCAGGUUUGAGUGUACAGAGAUUUUUUACAUGGCUUAGGUCAUCUUAUAUUUAAUUUGAGUUUUGAUAUAACAAGACCCCUUGUAUUACACACGUCUGUCACGAUAUUCAUUCACUGGCCAGAAAGGUCUGUUGGCCUUUCUGCAGGCUUAAAGUGGCACCUCUUAAGUCUAUACAGAAGCCUGAUUGAACAUGAUGGGAUUGCACUCACCCAUUAUAUGUGGGUUAAACCGUGGCGAAAAGGGGAUGGAGUUGGAAGCAUGGAGAUCUGCAUGCAUUCAUCCAACAGGGCUUUGGAAAAUAGGACUUGAAGAGGGGGUGGAAGCCAUGAGAAAGUCAGUGGUAAACUUUUUCUGAUGUUUUUCCUUGCAUUGCUCUCCCAUGUUAUAUCCAAAUGCCCAAUUGCCUAUCUGAUGUGUUCUCAAGAUUAUCCAAAAAUGUCAAAUACAGUUGGGGUUAUUAUUUGAGCAGUCGAUAAUUUUCA